AUGCAAACGUUAUUAUAAUCGAAGCACAGUUAAAUUUAAUUAAGUAAGGACACUUUAAUUCUACUCUAUUCGAAGAAGAUUAGAUAAAUAAAGAGAUAGAAUUACAUUUAAAAACAAACAGAUUCAGAGCAUAUUCGAUUAAAAGAGAACAACUUCUUAGCAAUUCAGCAAAGUCAGAUUGAACUUAGAAGAUCAUUCCUGAAUCAAUCUCGACAAAAGAAGAUCAUAGAUUCAAUCUAACAAAACUAAAGUCUUUAUUUAAACAGCGAAAAUAAAAAGUUAAAUUUUGAUUAAACUAUUCAAGGGCCUCAAAUUUUAAAUUACUAGAUGAGAUACAAUUGCAGAAAUCAAGAUUCAUCGAUUUUUGAAAAUAAAAUCAGAUAUUCUAAGUUGAAUUUGGUAUAAUAGUAAGAAAUCUCUGAAGUUUAAUUUAUAAGUAAAAGCAAUAGAGACGGGAAAGGUUAGACUUAUAAAACAUUGGCUUGUAUGAAUUAUGAUCAGAUUGGUUAAUAUUUUAAAUUGGUGAAAAAGUUUUUUAAUUUAGAUCACUAAAAUAUUAGAACUAUUAUAGGAUAUAAUAUCGAAGAUCCUUAAGAAACAAAUUUAAGUGGUUAAAUCUGUAUCUUAACUUAAAAAUAUAAUUAUAAUUUAAGAACUUUCCUUUAAAAGAACAAGAUUUCAACAAAAGAGAAAUGGCAUAUGGCAGUGUAGAUCAUAGAUGCCAUAUAUUAUUUACAUCAAAAUGAGGUGAUCUUUUGUAAUUUACAUCCGAAUAAUAUCCUGAUUGAUGGAGACACUCGUAUGCCAGUGAUCAUUGAUUUUGAUCUGCAGUUCGACAAAGACUAUUUGAUAUAAAAUAUAUGGCCAAAUAAGUAAUUGAAGAGGAGAUGCCAUUGUUUACAGAGAAGACUGACAUUUAUUCAAUAGGAUGCAUCUUACUUUAUUUAUUUUUUGGUUGUGAAUUUCAAUUUCAGGAAUCACAGUACUUAUCAUAAUAAAUUUUAUUAUUAAUCAUUCUCCUACUCAGAUCUUAGAGACAUUCCAAGAUUUGAAUCUUCAUUUAUCUGCAAAGGCUGGUUUUCAAAUACCACCGAAUUCAGAUGCCUUACAAGAAAAAGCUAGAGUGAUUACAUUAAAAUGUUUAAAUGGAGAGAUUGA